GUCGACAACAAUACUGCCAAUCCUGAUCAGAAUGAGAGGACGCCCACAGCAAAAAGUCCAACGAUCUGCACAACACAACAACCAUCGAAAAAUGCACAUGUUGCACCAACUGACCAACUGGUGCUUACCCGUCAAACACAAAGUCGACAAAAAAAUCGAACAGCCCGACCUCUCUACCCCCUGAUACACUAACAACGGCACAAGAAAGUUGAAAAUGCAAGGAUGAAACCGGACACGACACCGGACCCGGGAGAACCACUCAACUGACGCCUCCCCCCAUGCGCCUAUCGAGUCUACAAAAAUUGCCUCAUGUCUGUCUGCCUCGCUGCCUUCGAACCAUGCGCUGCGAUCAUUGCCAUUUUGGCCUUCUGUAGAUGGAAAGCGGCGUCACGGUUGCCGCUCCCCUCCGCUGCCGUCUCCAGAGCCCCGAAGUGCGACGAAAGUGCCGCGUACGGCGGAGGUGCCAUAUGACUUGAGGGUUCCUCGCCCGCUUCGUCGUCCGAGCUCUCCUCUGGGAAAUCCCCCGCCCGAAGGUUCUUCCUGGUGGUGGCGCUGCUGCGAGUUUUGGCGGCCUGAUUCUCUAUCUUCGCCCGCUCAGCCUUGACGGUACGCACCGUUUGCUCCCCGCAGUUGAACUGCUCUGCGAUCGACUUCUGCGUCCGCGUGCCCUUGUCCAGCAGACGGAGGAUCUCCAUCUUGGUGCCGAUGUCCAUCCGCGUGCGCGAACCAGUCAUGUCCGGGUGGUUGGCUGGUUUCGUUUUUUUUUAGUCUUGCCGUGUGUCCGCUCUCCGUGGCUGACCCUUUGCGCUUGCCCUUGCCAGCUGUCGAGGACUUACUACCCUUUUGCUUGGAGGCAAUGCAUGCAAAGCAGAUGCGGGCGGUUUCGUACUCGGCAUCUUGGUCUUGUUCCCCACACAGUCCGUGCAGUCUGCCGCCACACCCUCCGUGACAUUGGUGGCCGUGAGGGGCUACUGGCGUCUGGUCUGGCAGUUGGCACAGCUCACCAGCCGCACAAGGCAUGUGUGCCCCUACUGGUUGGGUCGGUAGGGGUACGCUAGGUAUUGCUGUUGUGUAGGUCUGUGGAGUGGUUGUGUUGCGGCUUGAAUAAUGCUGCCGAAGAACUGGGUGCGUCACACCAAAACCGGCCUUAUAUAGGGUGCGCGGACGCCCUAAUCGGCCUUAAAUAAGGACUAUGCCUGUUUAAGGCCUGUGCGGCCUUAAAAAGGAAGGCAAGUAUGACAGACGAUUUCACCGGCCUUAAAAAGGGCCACCGGCCUUAAAUUUGCGACCUUAAACAGGGACCUCUACUGUAGCUCCUUUCCGACUCAACCAACCCGAUCAAGCCCACCACAUGAAAGCUCGGAUCAUUUAAGGGCUCACAAGGAAUCGUGCAAUGCAUGAUGUGAUGUCGGCCCGGUCCUUGGCAGGCGAAUCUGGUUCCCACCGUGUUCGAACAAGACCUGUGCUUGGGUGGGCUGUGGAAGGCCGGCAGGAUCCACGGCUAAGGUGUGUUUCUUAGACCAUUUUCCUUACCUUUCGCGAAUGGCCCAGCCUCAUUAACUACGCUUUUCUUGCUGGUGGGCCGCAACUGCUGUGCCGGCCGUGUGUUACGGGCACCCAACGGUACACUUGAGGCCCACCAAAGCUUACGGCUGCUGCCAUUGUUGUAUCGUGCAAUGCUUUGCCCCGGCCUACGUGUUGAGCUAUGGUGUGGUUCGAUCUUCCUGGUUGUUGCCGUCCAGUGUUCAUGAUCUACAGUACACAGCCGCGAAAACCCUUCGCAAAGCGGCGAACUACGUGUGUUGUUGAAUUAGUUCCUCCUCCCCCAUCUCAAGUGGGUUGGCGCUGUUGGCAAAGCGCUGUAAAACACGCCACCCCAAAUAUAGCCCCCAUAGUAUGCGCUACCAGAGACGCGUGACGCAUGGACGAGUGGAGUGAGGAUAGCUGUUCACGGAAACCUCACAGGUUGAAUAAUGUAGGAGAUUGCCGGACACAUGGACGUGUUGAGUGAUUAUGGCUGUAUGCUGACACCUUAAGGGUUGAGUGAGGUUUGAGAUUGCCAGACACAUGGACGGGUUGAGUGGGGAUAGCUGCAUGUUGAAACCCCACGGGUUGAGUGAUUUGGAGUGCCGGACACAUAGACGCAUCGAGUGAGGAUAGACACAUAUUGAACCUCACAGGUGAUUUGUGAUUGAGAUUGCCGGACACAUGGACGUAUUGAGUGAGGAUAGCUGCAUACGGAAAUCUCACAGAUGCAUUGUUUGCCAGACACAUCGACGCGCUGAGUGGGGAUAGCUACAUACUGA